AUGGACAAUAAUGUCGAGUCAGAGGCGCCACCGCCCGUCUCGUCGUUGCGCAGUCGGUUUGAGGCAUUGGCCAAAGGCGGCGCAAGUGCAGCAAAUGGAGAUUCCAAGCAGCCAAAUGUCCCAGGAAGAAUUCAGACAAAUCCAAAUGCACGCCCGAUGACCCCAACAGUCGUUCUGACGCCAAUUACAAGCUCAAAUGGACCAGCUAUGAACUUGAGACGGGUUGUAUCAAACCCGACAAGCCAACCCGUCUCCCCGGCGUUUGCAGAUCACCCGCGCUCAAGUUCAGAAGGCUCAAUGGAAGACGAGGAUAUGUCUCGAGAUACUAUGAAGGCAUCACCAAACGACAAUCUCCCGAGUUUGUCAUCGUCGGCCCUCCGUGCCAACAAGACACUUCCAACGGGAAUCGGAUUUCCACCAAAACAGACAAGCUCUACAAUUUCGAGGAGUCUUUCUGGAUCGAAUAUUAACAAAGACUCGGCUCAGCCGGCUGACGGUACAUCCCAGCAAGCCGUUACGGACGUCGAGAAUAUGUCCAGAAAGCUUCUCAGAAAGCCGCCUCCACCGCCGCCGGCGAAAAAGCAGCCUCCACCACCGCCGAGCAGGGCGCAGCCGGCACCUUCUUCCAGUCUUUCCUCUUCGACAUCGAGAGACUCGACCAAAUCACCAUCUGCAACCGACCUAGACUUACCAGUCUCCAAGAGUAACAGGGCGAGUCCCUCGUUGCCACCCCGUCCUUCAACAGCAACAGACCGCUCAUCCGCAUCGUCUAUUUCGCUCACUUCGAGUGAUGCUACGAGCAAAUCACCUUCUCUUCCACCCCGCUUGCGAGACGCAGGAUCACCCGAUACAACCGUCUUGCAGCACUCGAUGAGUGGUUUCAAAACCCCUUCAAAUGAACGACUCGCUGGACAAUCUUCUCCACCGCCUCUUCCAAGCAGGUCUCAGGUCUCCAAUUCUUCCACCAAUACCGCUACUGGUCCACCGUUGCCACCACGCUCGGCCAAUCCGUCGACUGACUCCCGCCUCUCUGCUCCUCCUCUCCCGCCGAGGAGCGCAUUCGUCCGCAAUGAGAGUUCAUCCGAAGAUGUCUCCCAUCCGACUGUAGCGCGUCGACGAGUACCCCCGCCGCCAUCCAGCGACUCGCGGCCAGUGUCUCAACACUCUGUCUCACCGUCUGGAUCCUUUGAAUCACUCACGCCUUCACAAGAGACCCCUGCGAGUGCCACGGUUGCACCAUCCAGGACUGUAUCGACGGAGGGAGGUGCCUUUUUACCUCCACCAUCUAGGACUGCGGGCAUGUCAGCGGAGAUGAUGCAGUCGGGCAACUCAAAGCCUCGUGAACAUCACUUUCCCCAUCUCCCGCAACAACUAAACGCGCUUCCUAUCACCAAGAUAUUCGCCGCUGUCAAAUUCGGGAAUCAUUCGAGCUCUGCUCACACACGCAAUGCUCAUGACCCCACGAGCGCGGCAAGCGAACCGAGUCCCGUCUCGGCAGGAUUGGAAACACAGGGAACUACGGGUUUGUUGCCUCCCCCUGUGAGGUCUGUUGGAGAUGGCGCAACAUCAUUGCGGCCAACGUCCUCGCUCAAGCGCAGGUCCUCUGGAAGUAGCUCCUCUGAUGAAGAUGAACCGCCGCUAGGUGACGCCUCUACAUACGCACCAGCCAAACGUGUCAUUGCCAAGAUUGCAGAAGAACUUCCAGACUCGUCGAGAAGCAAUCGACGCCCUCCCAUCCUCUGGGACUUUGAGCACGUUCCCAACGUCUUGGCUCCCCAUCAUCGGUCUGCUCAUCACCACCAUCAUAUCUACAAGCACGGCAAUAACCAUGAGAGCGGAGCAGAGCUGCACGUCCCUUACCAAGGCGUCGUCGCAGUCGCAGGUUGGUGGGUCGUUGUGGCAAGUCCGGGCGUCGUGACAAUAACCAAUAUGGAUCCCACCUCGGAUGCACGGAGACGUCACCACGAUGCAGAUGAAACGGAUCAUCUUGGUGGCUCUGGUGGUGUCUGGACUAUUGACUUGGAAGAAUUGCCGAUUGAGUGGAAAUCUGAGAAGCCACGGGUGACUGCCAUGGAAUUCCGUCACGGGGUGGACGCGCCCAACGGUACGACGGAUCAAGGUCGCUACUUGUGGUGUGGAACCAAGGAUGGCGUUCUCUUAGAGUUCGAUAUUUGGAAUGGCGGGCGCCUCAUCGACUACCGUGCUAGUGCUCAUACCGUCAACGUUGUGGGAAUUUAUCGACUCCCAGGCGCGCGUAUGCUCACCAUGGAUGAAAGUGGGAAAACUCUUGUUUUCUGCGGGAUUGGAUCAACUAGCGGAGGUGGCAGAGAGGAGCAGAAAUGGUUGAGUCGUUCGAAUCCCCGAGUACAUCGCACCGGUCACAAGGAUGGCUUUGCUCGCCUACUCAACGGACGGUUGUGGACGAGUUCAGCUCAUCAUUCGACCGAUACCAAUGGUCAAGUCACGUCGUCCUCCUCUCCUUCUGGUUCGCUCAAUGGAAAGAAUGGAAGCUGGGGAGGAUCUCUCACCUCGCUAACCAGCUCGAGCCAUCGCCAUCUUCACCAUUCUUCUAGUCGCCAUCGUCAUGGCCCUAUGCUUCGUAUACAUGAGGUGGAUGGUGACGGUGCCAUCGAGUCUCUAUCGUGUGCCAUCGGAUUCGACGUGGGGACCGUAACGUGCGGGACGACUCUUCCAAGCACACCAGGUCUCGUCUACCUUGGACACCAGGGUGGGUGGAUCACAAUCUGGAGUGAUCCCCUUGGCGAACAAUCGAAGCAAGAAAAAGAUGUACGCCCCCCACGACCGGCUAUCCAUCGCCAACACAGCGCUUCCUCAUUCUUGUCAACCGCGACUUCUACAAGCGACACUGGAAGUCUAACGGACGAAGGGACCGACGCCGAGGCGACGGUCGAUGGACACGUACCUAUGAUAGACCCCAAAGCUCCGAUAUGUUUACGCAAAAUCAAAGUCGCUGCGACUACUCUCACCGCACUGGAAGGUGUCGGCUCAAAGUUGUGGGCCGGCCUUGGCUCAGGCACAAUCUAUGUCUAUGAGAUAACGGAGGAUCCAAGGUCACAACCCCCUCAGCAUUCGCCAUCUCAAAGUGAAUCCGUAGACGACGAGAAUUCGAGAGUCAAGCCAUGGAUUGUCACCAAUAUUUGGAAGGCUUAUAUUGACCGCCCUAUCGUCAAACUAUGCCUGGAUCCUUUCUCAAUCUCUCAGACCAAGAAGCUAGUAGUCUACAGUGUUGCUCGUGAAGGCGCCGUGCGGUUCUGGGAUGGUUUCCUAGCUCAGGAUUGGAUUGAUGCGAUGAUGGUUCAACGCGAAUCAUCUUUUUGCGUGUUUCGCCCGUUGCGACUUCUCGUGUGCUCUUGGAACAUUGACGCUGCGAAACCGGAUGCGCUUACUGGCACCAACAAUGUCACCUUCCUGCAUAAAUUUCUCACUUCAUCUCAUGGAGGGGGAGAAAUACCAGAUAUCAUUGUAUUUGGCUUCCAAGAGGUUAUCGAUCUCGAAGACAAGAAGCUUACUGCGAAGACUGUUCUUCUCGGCCCAAGCAAAAAGAAGCUUGAUGGAUCCGUUUCCGCCAAGGUCUCUCGACACUACAAGCUAUGGCACGAUAAGCUGGUGGCGGAGGUUCAACGAGCAUUUCCUUCGGAUUCCUUUGUGGUUCAACACACUGACAACCUCGUUGGCCUAUUCACGUGCAUCUUUGUCCGUCGGUCAGUAGUACAUCCUACGCAAUCGACAACCGCGGUCGCAGACGUGGCCAUCACAACUAUAAAGUGCGGAAUGAAGGGCAUGUAUGGCAAUAAAGGUGCCAUCGUCGCUCGUUUCACAAUCGACGAUACUAGCCUCUGCUUCCUGAACUGCCACUUAGCGGCUGGUCAGAAGCAAAAGCUCGCAAGGAACCUGGAUCUGGCAUCGAUAUUGGAGGAAAAGUCGGUCUUCCCAUCGAGUACCGAUCCACGUAGUGCCGAUACUGGCGAGUAUCUUUCCUAUGUGGGCGGUGGAGAUGGUUCGAUGAUCCUAGACCACGAACUCUGUUUUUUGAACGGGGAUCUCAACUAUCGCAUCGACUUGCGACGCGAUGCUGUCAUUAACCAUGUACAAGCGGGACACCUCGAGCACUUACUUCAAUACGAUCAACUACUUCACGAACUCAAAGUCAAUCCCGCGUUCCGGCUUCACACAUUUUCUGAAGCGCCAAUCACUUUUGCACCGACUUACAAGUACGACCGCCAUUCGACUACAUAUGAUACCUCGGAGAAGCGUCGCAUUCCAGCAUGGUGCGACAGAAUCCUCUAUCGAACUCGGGAUCCUUCGCGCAUCCAAAACCUCUGGUAUGGACGAUACGAGCCGGAUGUUAGCGACCAUCGGCCAGUAUGCGGCGUCUUUACCAUCAUGACCAAAAAGGUCGUGCCGUCUCAGAGAGACGUCGAGCUGAGAGCUGUCGAGCAGCUUUGGCGCGAGGAAGAGUCCAAACUCAUCGCCGCUGCUUUGGCCUAUGUAAACGGACGUUAG